AAUUAGUGCCUCUAAACGCGCAUCUAUACAUAUCAUGAUAUGGAUAUUAUAUAUAGGAUUGAAAUGCUAACUUUAUUUUCAUCCUAAAUCAUCAAAACAAACACUACUAGUUUCCUGCUUCACUACUUUCUAGUUUCUCUAAUUCUUUAUAACCUUCUUUUCUUUUUGGUAACGAAAUUUAUUAUAACAUAAAAAAAAAAAUGAGUGUAGAAGUAUUGGAUGCCACAACCAUUGUGAACUUUGUGGAAGAUGAAGAAGCAUUCCACAUGUUCAUCUGUGAUCGUUUUGCUGACCUCGAUACCAACCAUGAUGGCAUUCUUUCCUAUGCUGAGAUGUUGAAGGAGCUCAAGUCUUUAAGGGUGUUCGAAACUCAUUUCGGGAUCGACAUAAAACCCGAGCCAGGUGAGCUUUCUCAGGUUUACGACUCACUGUUUGAGCUGUUUGAUCACGACUCGAGCGGCUCAAUCGAUCUGGAAGAGUUCGAGGAAGAGACCAAGAGAAUGAUGCUUGCCAUGGCUAAUGGGAUGGGAUUCUUGCCUGUUCAGAUGGUGUUGGAAGAACACAGCUUCCUCAAGAAAGCUGUUGAGCGUGAGACCAGUAAAUUGGUUGCUUAAGCAUGUUGCAAUCAGCCUAAUGCAAUAUGUAAUAAUUGAGUUUGUAUUUGUUACUAAUCUCUUUUGUGUUUCUUCUCUGUUUUCUUUCUCUUUUUGAGUGUAAUUUGAAUAAGUAAUUACAGCUAUGUACGGCUACGGAUGAUUUUCAUUGAAAAAAAAAGUUAAAUCAAAA